AACAACUUCCUCCCAAACAGGAAAAAGAUGACUUCCAGCCGCAGGCAUCACCUCAAGAGUGUGAUCCUCCAGAUCGCUCUGAGCUGGCUGGAGCAGGAGAAGAAGGAUAAUAUUGUGGCAAAGGAGGCCUACAUGGCCGAGCGCUGUCCCCCCCCAGAGCUGAGCGGAGACCAGGCCGCCCUCAUGGAAUUCUGCAAGAAGCUCCAAGCCGCCAUCGACAAGAUCGAUGAGGAGAGGUACGACGCCGAGUCCAAAGUGCAGAAGGCCGACAAAGAGAUCGAGGACCUGAAGAUCAAAGUGGUGGACCUGAUCGGCGUGAAGAAACCCGCCCUGAAGAAGGUCCGUAUGUCUGCCGACUCCAUGCUGCAGGCUCUGCUGGGCUCCAAACACAAGGUGACCAUGGACCUGAGGUCCAACCUGAAGCAGGUGAAGAAGGAGGUCAAGGAGGAGCCUACAGAAGCAGUGGGCGACUGGCGUAAGAACAUUGAGGACAAGGCCGACAGGAAGAAGAUGUUCGAGACCUCCUAAACGUUAUCG